UCCCCUCUGAGAGGAGACGGAGCGAGAGAGGCGCAUACGGAGUCACGGAGAAACGACCGUUUCGGGAUCCCGGCUCUGUUUAGCCCUCAACCCGGGCCUAAUGCUGUAGCAGACCGCGCAGGAAGAGAGCUCGAGCGAGAGACAACGCACUGAUUGAGAGUCGGCGAGGGACAGGGCGGACCGGAGAGACGACGGGAUUGCUCAUUCGCCUGGAAACAUGGGAUGUACACUGAGCGCCGAGGAGCGCGCUGCUCUGGACCGGAGCAAGGCCAUCGAAAAAAACCUGAAAGAGGACGGGCUGGUCGCCGCAAAGGACGUCAAGCUGCUGCUGCUCGGCGGCGGAGAGUCCGGCAAAAGUACCAUCGUCAAACAGAUGAAGAUUAUCCAUGAAGAUGGCUUUUCUGGGGAUGAUGUGAAGCAGUAUAAGCCUGUCGUCUACAGCAACACCAUCCAGAGCUUGGCUGCCAUCCUCCGAGCCAUGGACUCACUGGGCAUCGAGUUCGGAGACAAGGAUAGAAAAGCGGAUGCUAAGCUGGUUUGUGAUGUGGUAAGUCGUAUGGAAGACACAGAGCCGUACUCUGCAGAGCUUCUCACAGCCAUGAAGCGCGUUUGGGCCGAUGCUGGAACUCAGGAGUGCUUCAAUCGUGCCCGAGAAUACCAACUGAAUGACUCUGCUCAAUACUACCUGGACAGUCUAGACCGGAUUGGGGCGGCAGAUUACCAGCCCACAGAGCAGGAUAUCCUGCGAACCAGAGUGAAAACCACCGGUAUCGUCGAAACCCACUUCACCUUCAAAAACCUUCAUUUCAGGCUUUUUGACGUUGGAGGUCAAAGAUCAGAGAGGAAGAAGUGGAUCCACUGCUUUGAAGACGUGACAGCCAUUAUCUUCUGUGUCGCCCUGAGCGGAUAUGACCAGGUGCUCCAUGAAGAUGAAACAACUAACCGCAUGCACGAAUCUCUCAUGCUCUUUGACUCCAUCUGCAACAACAAAUUCUUCAUCGACACCUCCAUCAUCCUCUUCCUUAACAAGAAGGAUCUGUUUGCUGAGAAGAUCAAGAAGUCCCCACUUACGAUCUGUUUUCCAGAAUAUACAGGUGCUAACACUUAUGACGAUGCCACUGCAUAUAUUCAGGUUCAGUUUGAGAGUAAGAACCGCUCUCCCAAUAAGGAGAUCUACUGUCACCUGACCUGUGCCACAGACACAGGAAACAUCCAGGUAGUGUUUGAUGCUGUCACUGACAUCAUUAUUGCAAACAACCUUAGAGGGUGUGGCUUAUACUGAGGCCUGGCCAAGCACAGAGGUUGUCAUGGAGAGUAUGAGGUGUUAAUAAUGAUAAUUUUGAUGAUACUUAAAACACAUAAAUAUGUAAUUCUACACGUCCAAAUGGACCCAAAGAGCUGCCGUCAGACACCACACUGGAUUAUUGCCAUGAUUUGUUCCCUUCCUCUUUUUAUUUUCAAUAUACAACCCCACUUUUGUCUUUUCAACCUGUGUUUUUGAGUUGAAUGUUUCAUGUUCCGUUGAUGACUGUGUCAACGACUGGUAAGGUCAGGAGCGGCAGCACCAGGGUUAUAUUCACCCGGAGCCUUGUUUUUUUGCGAACCCGGCCCAGAAAUAUAACUUGAGGAGUGUGCAAUGUCAUUUUUAAACCACGGUGUGGCACACAGUCCCAUUCUCUAUGCGGCAUUUUUAUGUGCACGUCUUGAGGCGUUUCUAUCUGUACUGAAUAUAGCCUGUUGUGCUGCGUUUGAAGAGCUGCUGUGUGUGUGUGUGUGUGAAGGUGGAGAUGAUAAUGUUGUUGGGGAGGUUGCUGAGGGUCAUGAUUGGGAAAGGAGGCUAUUUUAACUUUCACAAGGGACAAAGCUCCCCUCUCCUUCAGAUCCACUCAUGACUGAGUCGCCUGCAGGUCUGUUCCUCUCUUUUUCACUUUGAAACAUAAUGAAAGAGAUGAUUCUUCUGUUCGGAGAGGCCGUCUGUUUCUAUUGGCCUUCUGUAGCAUGAGGAAACGCCUGUCAGCCAAUGAAAUUAAAUAGCUAAAACCCUGUCAUAUCAGUGCCAUCUAUCUGAUGACAGGCAGGGGGAUUAGGAUCAGAAAUUAUAAUUCAUUCUCAUCAUUAUUUAAGUCACAGAUAUAACAUUUUAUUAUCAUCGAAUGAUUUAUUUAUUUAAGCCUCAUGCCCUACAUGCCUCCUCCUACCUCCUGAAUUCCCGUGCCACAUAUUUAUUUCCUGUGAUGAAACACUGAGGUACACAGAUACCUGACUACGGUUCAGAGGGUAGGAAGCAGCCCUCCAAUGACAUCUUGUUCUCUGUGUGGUGCUUUACCCUUCGAUGUGAAACUGUGUAGAAGUAGAAGACUGCACUAUAGGAGAACAAUAUCAUUUGAGGCAGCCUCUGUAUGAGGAGUCGAGGGGGGUUUUGCAGAACUCCCCUGAUCAGAAAACAGGGAACUUUUUAUCCACCCCCUUCCCUUCUUCCUCCUCACUCGUCUGUCACAUUUCUCUUUUCACAGAGAAAAAGUACAGCUCUCCAUUUUCACCUGUGCACCCAGAAAUCAUCCUCCCAUCCCUGUAUACUCUUAUCUAUCACAUAUCAGUCCUCAUAUCCUACUCUCCAUCUUCACCUUAAAAGCACCGUACUGUAUAUAUAUUAUGAUUAUACCAGAUUUUUUUUUACUGUGAAUGUUUUUGUGCUGCACCCCAUCCUAUUUGGUAGUUUUAUUGGUUGCUCUCAUGUGGAAUGUUUGUGCUGAGCCAAUCGAAUGUUGUGUUUACAUUAAAGCCACACUUUUCCUAACUAUCCCUGCGUCAGUGCUUUGAGUCUGAUUACUGUGAGGGUUUGAUAACAAUCGCAGCAAAAGUUUAAAUACAUGCUAACCGUCCUUUAAUCUGUGCAGAGAAU